AUGCUUCGAGUGGUUAAUCAAAAGAUGGCUUCAAAUGUUGCUUCCGGAAUGUACCGUGCUAAUGGAAAUAUGUUCAGAACACUGGGCCAAAUUAUGCAACGGCCCCAAUUGGCCAACCCUACCAAUAUACAAUCACAGUCCCUUGUUCAAGAAGUUUCUCCACUAUCUUUUAUCAAUAACUUUGUCGGCUCAUUUUCACAAAGACGAUGGGGUACUAGAGGUGGAAACAGAGGAAACACAUACCAACCUUCCACAUUAAAAAGAAAGAGAAGAUUAGGAUUUUUAGCUAGAAUGAGAUCCAUAAGCGGACGAAAGGUGAUUCGCAGGAGACAGCUAAAGGGAAGAUGGUACCUAUCCCACUGA